AUGACCUGGCCACGCUCCUUGACCCUGAAUCAGGUUUCGCUCCUCGUCUACGAGAACUCUGCCGCCAACAGUACGUACCUAUUGGAAAAGGAUUUGACCGGGCUGCGAAGACUCCACGAAUUAGAGGAAAACUCUCCAGGGGAUGUGUCGUUGUUGGAGAUCGAGGCAUUGAGGAUGGAGAGUGAUACUUGGGCGUUGCUCCAGGCCAUCAUGCCCCUGCGGAAAACGGCACCUCCAGAGUAUCCCUCUCCACGCUCCCUUCUCGCCUCCAAUCCGUACACACCACCCGCAUCUCUCGCACAGUCUAUUCUCAAGUCUUCGCCUUUCUUCUCAUCUCUCGUUGUCGUACGCGAGUGGCUACACGAAACCGCGCCUGCACCUGUGGCCCUCGACCCAGGCGCAACUACAGGCUAUUGGCGGUUCACAAAACACGUUGUCAUGCAAGGUCUUCGCAUGGGUAGACAUACUGGAGGCAUUGUGAGUGAAUUGGACCCCGACGCGGUAAACCGCGAAAGUGGAGAGGGCCAAUCGCUGGCUAUUGACGAUGCGAGCUACGACAAAGCGCUCGUACAGACACUCUUUGCUCUUGUGCGUUCAGGGAGACUGGACGAAGCCGUGGACCUAUGCAGGAGGGCCCACCAGCCUUGGAGAGCAGCGAGCAUCAAUGGGGCGCUGUUGUUCCGGUGGCCUAGCGGUCCUCGAGAAGAAGACGAAGGUGAGGAAGAGAUGGAAGUUGAUGAAGGAUGGCGCGGGAACCUUCGCAGGAAACUAUGGAAAACCACUUGCACUCGUGCUGCACUGAAUCAAAGUCUCCCUCCUGCUGAACGCGCGCUGUAUGCUGCACUUGCACCUUCCCCGCAGACUGCCGGUCCGCUCAGGGCAGCGUGCCACACGUGGGCAGACCAGCUAUGGGCGUUAGUCUCUGUCGCGUACGAGGAGAGGUUAAGCUCGGGCCUUGCUAAGGUGUCAGAGGAGAGCUUCUGGGAGAGCGGUCUCGCGCCUGUCGACGGGGAUACUGACGAAAGCUCUGUGCGCCGUUCAAUUUCCAUGGAGAAUGAUGAUGAGAUGGAGGAAGACAACUGGGAACGGGACGUAUCUGCCGCACUCGAGUCGCUGAGCAGCGUUGGCGUUGAAGAUGGCCCGCCUGCGGACAACCCAUAUCAUAUCACUCAGCUCAACAUCAUCCUAGACCGCACAGACGCGCUUCUCGAUGCAUUCGCAGAAGGGCUACGCAAUAGCACGUACCUCACUACAUCACCUGAAUACCCCACCAUGACACGCUUUUUCGCACAUCUUUGUCUGUAUCUCAAAAUGAUUGACGUGCCCGUCCCUCCCCUUGCCACCCAAGUCAUCCUUGAAGCCUAUCUGCAGGUGCUUGAGGCUGCGGGUCAGCGCGAGCUUAUCGCAAUGUACGCCGGUGCGCUGGGCGAUAACGCCGUUGAGCGCUACGCGAUGUUCCUCACAUCCCUCGAGCUGUCCACUGACGCGAGCGAACGCCGACUCGCGCUCACGCGUGCGCGGGAGCACGGGCUCGAUAUGCACCGCGUCGCGAUCGCCACGGCAGAACGAACAAUUGAGAAGGCGUUCUCGGUCUUGCCCCUGGCCAGGGGCCUAUUGCCCUCCAUCAUUGGCAUGCAGCCAGAACCCUCGGACGCGGAGUUGCUGCUCCUGCGCUCCAUCGAGUGGACGACGUUCCUCGAGUCGACCUAUCCGACUGCGCUCGAGCAGGCGGAUGUUAUCGUUCGGUACUUUCUCGGCUGUGGCAGGGUGCAGCUAGCGAAGGCGCUGCUAGAUAUGCUCCCACCUGCACUAAGCACAAUGCACGAGCCAGAGGACCUUGCGAUGGAGCUACUGCAUUACCGCCAGUUCUUCGUCGUCUGGGAGUCGCUCGCGCGUGUGGUUGAGUGUCAGGCUGUGGAGGCGCCGCAGAUGACGAAGGACACGAGAACGGCGUGGCUCGAGGACUACAAGUUGCUGCUCCAGCAGGCGCGAGAGCAGGUAGUGAAAUUGCUGACUACCGAAUGGCUGGUGUCGGAUGUUGAAAGGAAAGAAGAUCGGCGUCGGCGCGAACUGGUGCGCAUCCGGCAAGUGUUCGUCCCGGAGCUGAUCAUCCGCCUGCAUGCAUUGCUGGUCGCGUCGAGGGGCAAAAUACCAGAAAACCUAAAACACGCGCUGCUGCUCGCAAACGUGGUAGCUGACUCUCGGUACAAUCUCACCGAGGACUUUGUCAAUCAGGACGGCCGGCGUCUCGGCGACUACCUCAACGCCGUCCGCCAGGCAGUCCUGUCGGGACUGGAAGGCGGAGGAUCGGAUCCGUUCAGAAUUGUAUCUAUGUAA